UCCGGCUGGGUUGAAAGUCGCUCCUCAGUUGGCAAGAAUGUUUCGGCUCCCACGGAAAUCACUAUAAUAAUUUUAAAGGAACACGGAGUCUGACGUCGGGGGAACUGCAGCGAGCUAGAUGAAUUUCUAGGAUCACUGUCACAAGCCGUUUCAUUUUAAAGACUAGGGUAUAUUUUAAGAGAUACCAGUUCUACAAGCCAUAACAAGCCACAAUACACUUGCUUUACGGAUAACAUUAAGCUACAGGGUUUCACAACUUCUACAGAGCAGAAUGCCUGUGAAAGGAGUCGGGAAAGUGGCUGCGUAUUCAAGCAAAGGCGAAAACGUCGGAAGCUCAGGAAUGGAGGAGACUGUUUGGGAGCAGCACACUGUGAACCUACAAAGGGACUCCAAGAUGGGGUUUGGUAUUGCCGUGUCGGGGGGACGGGACAACCCCAACGUGGAUAACGGAGAGAUGUCAAUCAUCGUGUCAGACGUCCUCCAGGGUGGACCAGCCGACGGACUCCUGUUUGAGAAAGACCGUGUGAUCCAGGUCAACUCCAUCCUCAUGGACAACGUGCCUCAUUCCUUCGCUGUGCAGCAGUUACGCAAAUGUGGGAAGACCGCCAAGAUAACGGUGAAGAGACCUCGGAAGGUGGCUCUUCACUCCCUGAAGCACCCCCCUUCCCCCGGCGGCGAAAGUCGAGACUUCGGCACCACCCGUUACUACGAUGCCGAUGACAACCAGAGUGACGGGGGCUGGCAACGUGGCAACGGUGGGACCGGUUACACCCACGAGCCUCGUGACCUCACCCCCGACAACAAGAACUACCUGGACCCCGACUACGGCAGCCGCGGUAAUCGGGGGAGGAGCCGGGGGAGGAGCCAGGAGAGGGCAUCGCCGAGCCCCGAGCAUCGCCGCGACAACAGCAAGGGGCGGGCCUUGGACCGGGAGCCUCCCAGUCCUGAGAGGCUGCGGUAUCCACGGGAACGCAGCCGGGGGAGGAGCACGGACCGGGAGAGAGGAGGAGGGGGAGGAGGGAGUCCAGGUGGGAGGAGCUACGGCCGGGACGACAGUUACGAGCGUGGAGGGGGGAGGUACGGGGAUGUGGGAGGUACUGGAGGGAGGAUGGUGAAGAGUAAGAGUAGAGACCAACUCCAGGAGCCUUCCUCCCCGGACCUCCCAAGAGGAGGAGGAGGCGGAGGAGGAGCUAGAGACCUGGAGCCCCUGGAGAAACCUGUUAACGUCCUGCUGGUCAAGAACAGACCCAACGAAGAGUACGGUCUGCGCCUGGGCAGUCAGAUCUUCAUCAAGGAAAUGACCAGUACAGGACUGGCUACCAAGGACGGAAACUUACAGGAGGGAGACAUCAUUCUCAAGAUCAAUGGGACAGUAACAGAGAACCUGUCUCUGAACGAUGCAGGGAAGCUCAUUGAGAAGUCUAGAGGAAAACUCCAGCUGGUCAUCCAGAGAGACCGGAGACAGAUCCUCAUCCGUAUCCCGCCCCUCGUCGACUCUGACUCCGAACCUGACGAUAUUUCAGAGAUGGAGUCCUACCAUUCAUACUCUCCCCAGGAGGACAGGAGAUCUCGCCACUCUGACCUCUCCUCCCAUUCCUCUAAUGAGAGAGACUACCCCAGACCUCUAACCAGCCUGGAAGACUCUCCAAGGGUAGCCAAGAUGUCUGCCAUGGCCUCACCUUUCAGGGUUCCCCCGCUACAGGACACCCCCGCCCCGGGCCCUGCCACCCUGGAGUCAGAGGGUCCGCCACGCCUCGACGAACCACCAGCGUCAGCAAAGACCACUCCUAAGAUUCUGCUACGCCCCAGCCCAGAGGAGGAAGAGCUCUACGGGGCUAACACGGUGAUGGUGAGUUUCCAGAAGGGGGACAGUGUGGGUCUGAGGCUGGCGGGGGGCAACGAUGUGGGCAUCUUCAUCGCUGGCAUCCAGGAGGGCAGUCCUGCCGAGGAGGAGGGCCUACGCAUUGGAGACCAGAUCAUAAAGGUGAAUAAGGUAGAGUUCCGAGGCAUCGUGAGAGAGGAGGCUGUUCUCUGUCUGCUGGAGAUUCCUAAAGGAGAGGACGUCACCAUACUGGCCCAGAGUAAACCUGAUGUCUACAAUGACAUCCUGGCGUCCGGUCGUGGAGACUCCUUCUUUAUCAGGACUCAUUUUGAGUAUGAGCGGGAGGCCCCCCAGAGCCUGGCUUUCUCCAGAGGGGAGAUCUUUAAGGUGGUGGACACCCUCUACGACGGCAAGCUGGGCAACUGGCUGGCCAUCCGCACCGGCAAGGACAAACAGCUGCUAGAGAAGGGCAUCAUCCCCAACAAGAGCAGGGCUGACCAGAUGGCGAGCGUCCAGAACUCCCAUAAGGCCGCUGGGACGGACCGGGCUGACUUCUGGCGUCUGAGGGGUCAAAGGGCAGCCAAGAGAAAGGAGCUGAGGAAGAGCAGAGAGGACGUCAGCGCUACGCCCGUCGCCACACGCUUCCCCGCGUACGAGAGAGUCGUGCUCCGAGAGGCUGGUUUCAGACGUCCUGUGGUUCUGUUUGGACCUAUAGCUGAUGCAGCCAACGACAAGCUUGCUAACGAACUGCCUGAUCUGUUCAUCAUUGCCAAAACGGAGCCUAAAGAUGCCGGUUCAGAGAAAUCCUCAGGAGUAGUGAGACUCAACACCAUCCGCCAGAUCAUCGAGCAGGACAAGCAUGCCCUGCUGGAUGUGACUCCCAAGGCGGUGGACACACUGAACUACAGCCAGUGGUACCCCAUCGUCAUCUUCUUCAACCCAGACAGUAAACCAGGAGUUAAGGCCAUGAGGCAGAGGGUGAUACCUGGAUCCAACCGCUCGGCACGCAAACUAUACGAACAAGCUGUCAAACUGAGGAAGACCUGUUCUCACCUCUUCUCUGCUACUAUUGAGUUGAACUCGGUCAACGAUGCGUGGUACGGCAGUGUCAAGGACUCUAUCAGAGAGCAGCAGACUCAGGCUGUCUGGGUGUCUGAGGGGAAGCUGGACGGCACGGGGACGGACCUUGAUCUCCAUGACGACCGCAUGUCCUACCUGUCAGCCAUGUCGGCCGACUACCUGAGCAUGGACAGCCGACUUGCCAGCGACUACGAUGACACGGCGGACGAGGGCGGGGCUUAUACGGAUAACGAGCUGGACAAUGAACCGGCCGAUCAACUGCCGGUGUCGGCUAUCAGCCGCUCCUCUGAGCCCGUACUGGCAGAGGAGAUACUGCGCAGGUGCAGUCCAGAUAUCCGUGGUGGCAUCAGGAGGGUGGGCAGCAGGGAGGUGCUCAGCAGUGCCAGCUCAGCGCACGUGUUUGUACCUGACCCCCCCAAGGUGAAGCUGUUGUUCAGGGAUGAGGUAGUCCCUCCCAGGGGGGCAGUAGGGGCGUACGAUCCCCCCCCCAGCCGCGGCUACGACUCCCACUCCUCCAGCCCUGCCAGCAACGACCCCCCUCCUCUCCCUCGCUCCCUCAACUCCUUCGGCAAGGCCAAGCCCCUGGCACUGCAGCCCCCCGUCACCCUCAAACCCUCCUAUAAUAUCCAGGACACCACCAGCAGCACAGCCCCAGUCACAGUGGCCCCUAUGGGCCCGGAGGAACCAGAGGAGAACCCUGAGGACCCCAGCCUCAGGUCAUUCCUGGGGAAGGUCAAGGCCUUUGAGAAGAUGGACCACUUUGCACGCGCUCAGAGGAUGCUGGAGCUGCAGGAGGCACAGAACGCCAGGUUGGAGAUAGCUCAGAAGCACCCAGAUAUCUAUGCUGUCCCCCUGAAGACCCAGAAACUGGACCACACCCGGCCUCAGCCUAUAGGUUCCAGCUCGCAUCCUGAGCCCCAGACCCCUCCCUCCAAGCUACCGUACUCUGAAAGUCGUGGGUUCUACCUCAGCGAUGAGGAUGAAGAGUACCGGCGCCAACUGGCUGAACACACCAAGAGAGGCUACUACCAGGUCAACAACCAGAAAUACCAGGACACUGAACUGUAGACUACAACCAGAAAUACCAGGACACUGAACUGUAGACUACAACCAGAAAUACCAGGACACUGAACAGUAGACUACACCCCUACAACCAGAAAUACCAGGACACUGAACUGUAGACUACAACCAGAAAUACCAGGACACUGAACUGUAGACUACAACCAGAAAUACCAGGACACUGAACAGUAGACUACACCCCUACAACCAGAAAUACCAGGACACUGAACUGUAGACUACACCCUUACAACCAGAAAUACCAGGACACUGAACUGUAGACUACACCCCUACAAACAUAAAUUCCAGGACACUGAACUGUAGACUACACCAUCAACCAGAAAUACCAGGACACUGAACUGUAGACUACACCCCUAAAACCAGAAAUACCAGGACACUGAACUGUAGACUACACCCCUACAACCAGAAAUACCAGGACACUGAACUGUAGACUACACCCCUACAAACAUAAAUACCAGGACACUGAACUGUAGACUACACCAUCAACCAGAAAUACCAGGACACUGAACUGUAGACUACACCCCUAAAACCAGAAAUACCAGGACACUGAACUGUAGACUACACCCCUACAACCAGAAAUACCAGGACAUUGAACUGUAGACUACACCCAGAAAUACCAGGACACUGAACUGGAGACUACACCACCAACCAGAAAUAUUUUACCCCCUUUUUCUCCCCAAUUUUGGUCUUGUCUCAUCACUGCAACUCCCCAACGGGCUCGGGAGGCGAAGGUCAUUCGGCCUCCGAAACAUGACCAGCCAAGCUGCAAUUCUUAACACCUUCUUGCUUAACCCGGAAGCCAGACGCACCAAUGUGUGGAAACACAGUUCACCUGACAACCGAGGUCAGCCUGCAGGCCCACCGGCCCGCAACAAGGAGUCGCUAGAGCCCCCACGACCAAACCCUACCCUAACCGGGACGACGCUGGGCCAAUUGUGCGCCGCCCUAUGGGACUCCAGAUCACGUCCGGUUGUGAUACAGCCCGGGAUCGAACCCAGGCCUGUAGUUACGCCUCUAGCAC